AUGAUCGAAUUACUUGAUUUGUCCGAUGAGAUGAUCUUAACUAUUAUGCAUAAAAUACAAUAUCGAACCGAACUACUUUGUUCUAUAAUUGGUAUUGGAAAUAAUCAUUUGGAACAACUUGCACUUGCUAAAUGUCAAUCGAUCGAUUUAAUCUUCGUCUUUACUCAUUCACCUUAUGAACUACUUAUUCAAAGAUUUUAUUCACACCUUAUACCUCGUAUUUAUUAUAAUAUUCAAUCAUUGACACUUAGCCUUCAACAUAUAUUACGUAUUGUCAAUUUUGCUAACGGAAACCGUGAUAGAACUCUUCCGAAUUUGACACAUUUGAAAAUAAUGUUUGGUAAACGAUGCUUUGAAACAAGCACUCCUUGUACAUUAGGAAUACAACUUUACUUAUUCUCUGUAAGUAUUGCAGAAAUUCGUAUAGAUGAUGUUGAUAUUAUGUCUAAAAUAGUAUCGAUAUACUGUCCUAAUUUAAAAAUAUUGACAAUGACAAUCUAUCGUAAUGAUUCUUGCUAUCAAGCAUGUAUUCCUCCUCUUUUACAACGCUUAUCAAAUGUUGAACAUUUAACAUUAUUACUAGCUGUUGAUGUUAUAAGAAAGAGUCCGAAUCAUUUUAUUGAUGGAUUUGAUAUAGACGAAGAUAUUGUUUCAUAUAUGCUUUAUUUUCGUUCUUGA